GGAGGCUCUGGGAAAAUGGCGGCCGAAGUGGGCGGGGUAUCAGUUUGACCUCUUGUGUUUGUCAUUCCCUGUGAGUGAGGAUAGAAUGGCGGCGGCGCUGAGAGCAGUGGGGAGGAUGAAGCAGGUGCUGCUACUGCCGCGGAUCUGUGUGACCUCAGUCCGGAUGGAGAGUGGAGGUAAGGGCUCCCCUCCCACAGGAAUCAGUAAGACACUGGUCUCAUUUCCAGUGAAAAUCUCUAAUUUCCAGCAAGCAACCACAGGUGAGAAUAGAAAUGAGCCCCUCAGACCAGUGAAGGGUCUGCAGCAGUACGUGGCAGGGUUGGAUGGACAGUUGGACAGAGAGAUGGAGCUUAGACAGGAGGUCUCAUACAGCAGUGGUCAGAGCGUGGAUGAGAUGUCUCACAAACAAGAUGAUUCCUCUUCCAGCUCAAGCUCUGACUCCAGCUCUGAUUCUGAGGGUGAAGGGGAAGAGCCAGCCACUGAUUUACAUAUAAGUAAAGAAGAAAGUAGUGAAGGACAUCCAGGAUUACCUCCAGCCACCCAUAAAGUUCCCUCUAGUCCUGGUCACACAAGUCUGGAGAAGAAGAGCACAAUACCCCUAGAGAAAAUGGACCAGACAAGGACGGGAAGGGAGGACUUGCAAGAAUUUGCCACAGCGGUGACCAUAGAAGAGCAAAGUCUACAGACCUUUCCUCUACCUACAAAGAAGACCUUACCUGUAGCAGACAAAAUGGAGGGACCAGAUAGGGCAGUUUCUACUCAAGGAGCUUCAUCCACAGCAGCUGCGGAUUCUGAGGAGGCCAAAAUCCAAUUAACAUCUAAGGAGCUUCCCGCAGGAGCAGUAGAGACGAAGAUUCUAUUAACUACAACAUCUAAGGAACUUCCACCAGGAGCAGUAGAGAAUCCAGCACCCAUGUCUGGAAAGACCCAGAUCCUAUCGACUACCACAUCUGAGGAGCCUCUCACAGGAAUAGUAGAGAUGCCAGCAACCAUGUCUGGAAAGACCCAGAUCCUAUCAACUACAACAUCUAAGGAACUUCCACCAGGAGCAGUAGAGAUGCCAGCACCCAUGUCUGGAAAGACCCAGAUCCUAUCGACUACAACAUCUGAGGAGCUUCCAGUACAAAAGGAGGCGGCAGAGCUGCAUGAAUCAUAUUCUCCCCCGGAACCUGCACCCCAGGAGCCGUUUGAUAACACCAAGUACCAGAACCUGCAGCAUUUCAACUAUACAGCCUUCACCUUUGUAGAUGUGGACGUGGAGCUGGCGAAGUAUCGACUGCCGCAACCAUCGUCAGGACGUCAAUCGCCUCGUCACUGAGGCCUGAUUCUGUGCAAUAAAACCUGUAUAUAUAUAUAU